CUGGGAGCGCAGAGCCUCAAGGAGACAAUAACAUUGCGUCUCAUCCCAAAGGACUGACUUCUGGAAAAGUCAUUUGCAGACAUUUAGUCCCAACUAAGUGAAAAUAGGAGCAGAGUAGACGACAGGGACACACUUUUUUUUUGCUCUCUCUCAGUUUGAUCCUAUCUUUGCUUUAAUUUAUUCCACGGUGAUGCGUGUUAGUGGUCGUGCGUCUUGGACUGUGAUGGACCGUGCAGGGAGCAGAUGAGCAUCGAGAGGUGUGUGCUUCUUUGCAAGAGGGCAUCUGGACGCUUAGGCCUGACACUGACAUCGGGCCAGGGGCGCCUCAUGUGUGGGGCUUCCUCGCUUGUGUUCUGGUCCCCACUGUCCCCCAUCCUUCCAGUAUCAGUGGGAUGUCCCAGGUGUGUCUCAUCUUGGCCCUGCUCAUGCUCUGCAGCUCUACAAAGGUGUCUUCUACCACGUCCCUGGAGCUUCUGAAGGAGCGGUGGAGCAGCUACAGGAAUCAAUGUUUGGACUUCUUAAACUCCACACCCCCUGCUAUAGGGGUGGUGUGUAACAGGACCUUUGACCAGUAUGUCUGCUGGCCUGAUGGACUCCCUGGAACCACAGUCAACGUGUCCUGCCCCUGGUUUUUGCCUUGGCAUCAUAAAGUCCAACAGGGUUUGGUCUACAGAUUCUGCACUAAAGAUGGUAGAUGGGUACAAAAAAAUACCAGCGAGUGUGAGGACGACUCUGGCCAGCAGCAGUAUGGCCGCAUCCUCAGCCAGUUUCGGAUCAUGUACACUGUGGGGUACUCGCUCUCUCUGGGAGCUCUGCUACUGGCAUUGGGAAUCCUCAUCACUUUCAGGAAGCUGCACUGCAUGAGGAACAACAUCCACAUGAACUUGUUUGCCUCCUUCAUCCUGAGAGCCGUGUCCAUUCUGGUCAAAGACGCCCUGCUGAGCCUCACACUGGACCCCAGGAACAGCGGUGACUCUCGGGCUCAAACCUGGAUCAACAUACCGGCUGCCAUUUGGUGUCGGGGUGCCGUAGUGAUGAUGCAGUACACCGUGAUGGCCAACAACUAUUGGCUGCUGGUGGAGGGCAUCUACCUGCACAGCCUGCUCGUCAUCACUGUGUUUAGUGAGAAGAAGUACUUCUACAUUUACCUGGCCAUUGGCUGGGGUGCGCCCCUUAUCUUCGUUUCUCCAUGGAUCACAGUAAAGUACCUCUAUGAAAAUGAAGAGUGCUGGGAGAGAAAUAUUAACAUGGGAUACUGGUGGAUCAUUCGUUCGCCAAUACUGGUUGCUUACCUCAUCAAUUUUUUUAUUUUCAUUCGAAUCAUCAAAAUCCUGAUGUCUAAACUGAGAGCUCACCAGAUGAGAUACACGGACUACAAGUUCAGAUUAGCAAAGUCGACUCUCACUCUCAUCCCUCUGCUGGGGAUUCACGCCAUUCUCUUCACCUUUGUCAUUGACGAGUCCGUCCCGAAAGGUUCAAUGCUGCGCCUGAUCCGACUCUUCUGUGACCUCCUGUUCAACUCCUUUCAGGGCUUGCUGGUUGCCAUCUUGUACUGCUUUGUCAACAAAGAGGUGCAGUCAGAGAUGCUCAAAAAGUGGAAGAGGUGGAAGCUGGGUAAGGACAUCGACGAGGAGUACCGUCACACCCACAGCCAGACGCCGCACAUGAAAAGCGGCAGCAUUGCCACGGGCAAUAUACCCGAUCUCCAUGACAAUAACACCAGUGACCCCAGCGGCGGCUCACUGGGGACACUUCAACUCAACAAAGCUGACAAAGGCGCGUCCUGCUCCACGCCAGCGGAGGAGAACCGCAGACUGGUUGUCUCCUACAGCAACGGCAUGGGGGAAAUCCGGCCCUCAGGCGGCAAACCCGGGUUCCAUUUCUCCUUCUACUCAAAGCGAGGUGCCGCCAUCCACACCAACACCGCCACGGAAGAUCUGUGUCUGGAAGAGAAGGCGAAGGAAGGGGAGGAAACCGUCUGAUGUGUUGGGACCGAUGGUUUUACAAACCCCGUUUCCAUAUGAGUUGGGAAAUUGUGUUAGAUGUAAAUAUAAACGGAAUACAAUGAUUUGCAAAUCAUUUUCAACCCAUAUUCAGUUGAAUAUGCUACAAAGACAACAUAUUUGAUGUUCAAACUCAUAAACAUUUUUUAUUUGUGCAAAUAAUCAUUAACUUUAGAAUUUCAUGCCAGCAACACGUGACAAAGAAGUUGGGAAAGGUGGCAAUAAAUACUGAUAAAGUUGAGAAAUGCUCAUCAAACACUUAUUUGGAACAUCCCACAGGUGUCCAGGCUAAUUGGGAACAGGUGGGUGCCAUGAUUGGGUAUAAAUGCAGCUUCCAUGAAAUGCUAUGUAAUUCACAAACAAGGAUGGGGCGAGGGGUCACCAAUUUGUAAGCAAAAUGUCGAACAGUUUUAGAACAACAUUUCUCAUCGAGCUAUUGCAAGGAAUUUAGGGAUUUUACCAUCUUCGGUCCGUAAAAAUCAUCAAACGGUUCAGAGAAUCUGGAGAAAUCACUGCACGUAAGCGAUGAUAUAACGGACUUUUGAUCCCUCAGGCGGUACUACAUCAAAAACCGACAUCAGUGUGUAAAGGAUAUCACCACAUGGGCUCAGGAACACUUCAUAAAACUACUGUCAGUAACUACAGUUGGUUGCUACAUCUGUAAGUGCAAGUUAAAACUCUACAAUGCAAAGCGAAUGUCAUUUAUCAACAACACCCAGGAACGCCGCCGGCUUCGCUGGGCCCGAGCUCAUCUAAGAUGGACUGAUGCAAAGUGGUAAAGUGUUCUGUGGUCUGACAAGUCCACAUUUCAAAUUAUAUUUGGAAACUGUGGACGUGGUGUCCUCUGGAACAAAGAGGAAAAUAAGCAUCCGGAUUUUUAUAGAUGCAAAGUUCAAAAGCCAGCAUCUGUGAUGGUAUGGGGGUGUAUUAGUGCCCAAGGCAUGGGUAACUUACACAUCUGUGACGGUACCAUUAAUGCUGAAAGGUACAUACAGGUUUUGAAACAACAUAUUCUGCCAUCUAAGCGCCGUCUUUUUCAUGGACGCCCCUGCUUAUUUCAGCAAGACAAUGCCAAGCCACAUUAAGCACGUAUUACAAGAGCGUGGCUUCGUAAAAAAAGAAUGCGGGUACUUUCCUGGGCCGCCUGCAGUCCAAUAAUGUCUCCCAUCGAAAAUUUGUGGCGCAUUAUGAAGCGUAAAAUACGGCAGCGGAGACCCCGGACUGAAGCUCUACAUAAAACAAGAAUGGGAAAUAAAUCCACUUUCAAAGCUUCAACAAUUAGUUUCCUCAGUUCCCAAACGUUUGAGUGUUGUUAGAAGAAAAUGUGAUGUAACACAGUGGUGAACAUGCCCUUUCCCAACUACUUUGGCACGUGUUGCAGCCAUGAAAUACUAAGAUAAAUAUUAUUUGCAAAAAACAACAAAGUUUAUAAGUUUGAACAUCAAAUAUUUUGUCUUUGUAGUGCAUUCAAUUGAAUAUGGGUUGAAAAGGAUUUGCAAAUCAUUGUAUUCCGUUUAUAUUUACAUCUAACACAAUUUCCCAACUCAUAUGGAUACAGGGUUUGUACAACAGACAGGGACCAUUUCAAAGACUUAAGACAUCUAGAAUGAUCAAACAUGAGGAUUAAAUGAAAGUCAUAUACCGUAUUUCUAGGACCAAAGGGCAUACCGGAGUAUAAGGCGCAUUAAAGGGGUCAUAUGUUUUUUUUUUCUACCUUUAGAACACUUCCUUGUGGUCUACAUCAGUGUUUUUCAACCUUUUUUGAGCCAAGGCACUUUUUUUAUUUUUAUUUUAAAAAUACAGAGGCACACCACCAGCAGAAAUCAUUAACAAAUGAAACUCAGUAGACAGUAAAAAGUCGUUGUCGCAAUUGUUGGAUAUGACUUUAAAUCAUAACCAAGCAUGCAUCACUAUAGCUCUUGUCUCAAAGUAGGUGUACUGUCACCACCUGUCACAUCACGCCGGGACUUAUUUGGAGUUUUUUUGUUUGUGCUCCUGUGCAUAGUGUUUUGGUUCUUGUCUUGCGCUCCUAUUUUGGUGGCUUUUCCUUUUUUUGGUAUUUUGCUGCUGCGGUUCCAUGUCCUUCUUUGAGCGCUAUUCCCCACACCUGCUUUGUUUUAGCAAUCAAGACUAUUUAAGUUGUUGCUAUCUAUUUUUGUGUGGACAUUGUUGAUUGUCAUGUCAUGUACAUAUGUACUUUGUGGACGCCGUCUGCUGCUCCCACACGCUGUAAGUCUUUGCUGUCGUCCAGCAUUUUGUUUUUGUUUACUUUGUCGCCAUUUCCGUUUUAGUUUUGUUCUGCAUAGGCCACCCUCAAGCUUUAAUGCCUUUUCUUAGGGGCACCUUUUGUUUAUUUUUGGUUUAAGCAUUAGACACUUAUGUAUCUGCACGCUGCCUCCCGCUGUCGCCUGCAUAUUGUGAUCAUGACUAACCAUCGUCGUCUCACACGACGUGUUACCGACAUCUGAAAGCAAUUAGCAACCUGCUGCCACCUACUGAUAUGGAAUAGUAUUACAUGGUUACUCUGCCGAGCUCUAGAUACCGCCGACACUCAACAACGGCACAUUAUUUGCCGAUUAUAGUUACUGGCUUAUUUCCUUUAGGGUCGCGGGGGGCACUGCUGCCUAUCUCAGCUACAAUCGAGCGGAAGGCGGAGUACACUCUGGACAAGUCCCCAGCUCAUCGCAGGGCCUUGCAAAAAAUAUUUUUACCCCAAAUAGAUGAAACUACAUAAUCUCCCACGGCACAACAGACUCUAUCUCACGGCACACUAGUUGAAAAAUUAGAGGUUGAAAAACACUGGUCUACACAACAUGUAAUGGUGAUUCUUUGGUCAAAAUGUUACACAGAUUAUGUUUUACAGACCAUCUUCAAGCCGCUUUCUGACGGUUUUGUCGGCGGUUUUAUUUACGUGGCUCCACUCCCAACAGCGUCUUCUCCCCGUCAUCUUUGUUGGACCAUAGUUUCUAUUCCGUAAAUUAGAACUGUACGCUACUUUAAAUUAAAAAUGGUAGCAGCGACGGAUGCAUGCUUCACAACAAGAGGUGGAAAAGAAGGUGGAUCUUAUGGACUAUAUUGUCGGACUACAGUGGCGGACCCGCGCAAAGCACUUUGGGUAAACCUUUACCAUUUAUGGAUAAUCCGCUGACGUCAAUUGAACAGGCAUCAUCCUGUAGUCCACACCUAUAUUUUAUGUGUGACUGCCAUCUACUGGUCACACUUACCGUUGCGCCAUGUACCAAAUAAAAUAGUUUCAAGGUCGGUAAGCACAACCAGAAUUAAGGCGCAAUGUCGAUUUUUGAGAAAAUGAAAGGAUUUUAAGUGCGCCUUAUAGUCAGAAAAAAAAAUAUGGUACUGUACAGCGUUUGAGUGUGUUUGUGUCCGUGUACUUAUGUUGUUGGGGUUAUGCUCGUGUGUCUACUUGCUGCAAUGGAUGCACAUUUGUGGUACUCUUCAAAUUAAUAUUCUCAGUAUCUUUGUAUUUUGUACUGUUUCUUGUAUUAUAGAAUUGAAUGUGAGGCUAAUUUAAAGGGCAACUGCAGAUUUUGGGGAAUUUUGCCUCUUGUUCACAAUCAUUAUGAAAGCCAUGAUGAUGGACGUUAUUUCUGUUGCAUUCUAAAUAUUAUAUAAAUGCGAUCAAAAGUUUGCUUACAAAGGAGCCUAUGGGAGCCGUGCAAUUCCGCAUACAAAGCCUUUAAAAAUAAAUCCAAAUACCUUCAAUAAGGUUUUAUAUACAUGAUGUAAGUAUAUAUGUAAUGUAACAGGCACAUUUUUUAUUAACAUUUAAUAUUUGCGUAUUUUGAUCAUUUUAAGCAUAUGCGGCGCAUCCAUUUUAAAAAACGCAUCACAUUUUCUUUUUGUUUUCUUCAUCACUGAUUAUUACUCACUGCAGACUAUGAGAGCCAACAAGCAUAAUAAAACAUCACUUACUGUGCAAAGUCUGCUGUCAUUAGGAUGCUGACUGCUAGGAUGUUCAUAUACUCCCAUUUAGGUGACGAUCGUUACAUAAUUCUCGCAAAGAAACAGGGUUGCGGGAUGAUGGGGACCAAGCGUCUUUUCUUGUCGUAUUGGACAUUUUCGGGUCCUGAAUGGCUGUCAAAGUGUACCAACUUGUCGGAAUACCUACUCAGACUUCUUCUGUGCAGGUGAGAUGCAUGAUUUAUGAUUUACAAUAAACUUACAGGGAGCAAAGAAGCAAGGAAGUAGCACUUGAUGAUGUAAACGUAGGCACAUACAGUAGUGAUCAUGUCUUCGCAAUAAAUAGUUUGUCUGCGUUAGCGCUUAUAAUAACAAUGUCACUAAUACUUGGUUAAUAUGCAUAUCAUAAAAUGAAAGUGGAGUAUUGUUGGCUAUUUUUCAAUGAUUAUUUAUUGGCAAAAUAGUGGAGCUCCCAUUUAUGUGUAUAAAUACAUAUAAAUAAAUAUAUAUAAAUCGGUAUAGCUUGGUUGGUAGAGUGGCCAUGCCAGCAACCUGAGGGUUCCAGGUUCGAUCCCCGCUCCAUCAUCCGAGUCACUACCGUUUUGUCCUUGGGCAAGACACUUUACCCACCUGCUCCCAGUGCCACCCACACUGGUUUAAAUGUAACUUAGAUAUAUUUUCACAAUGUAAAGCGCUUUGAGUCACUUGAGAAAAGCGCUAUAUAAAAAUAAUUCACUUUACUUAUUUACGUUUCUUUGAUAUUUAGAAUGCAUUUAAAAAAAUAUAUAUAUAUAUAUACAUACAUAUAUAUAUCCAUUUUCAUGUCUUUCAUAAUGAUUGUGAACGACAGCCAAAGAAGUGCAGUUUACCUUUAAAAGCGUCUCCAACGUAUUGAACCAUGACGACCAUAAAGCCGUGCUGUGUUGCUGGGCCACGCUUGCUGUAUGUCAAAUGCGUUGUGGUUUUAAAAGUGACCUAAGCCAAAUGAGAAAACAAUGUAAUGAAAUGUUUGUGUGUUCAAGUCAUUAUUGAACUAACCCAUGCAAACGGGGUUGGUUUCUCUCCAUGUUUUAUACAAUAAGCUUCUCCUUUUCAUCAAAUGCGAAUGUAUAUGCAAAUAUACUUUGAGUGUAAUUAUGUUGGAAUCCUGACAUUUUACAAGGACUUGAACUACAAUGAAAUGUGUGUACCGGACACCACAUCUGUGAGAUUUAACAUGUGUACAUAGUAUAGCUGAAAAGCUAACACAAGCUUUAAAGCAGCAUUGUCAUGCCAUCAUUUUUCGUAACUUACAGUUAUGUUCUGUGGAAUUGUGUACACUUCGAUGAAAGCCCUUACAAAAGGGAGUUUUCAUUAUAGGGGAGAAGGUCAUACAUUUUGUAACGUGCUGCACAGUCCUUUCAAGAGAAAAAAAAACAAAACACCAUAGUCAAGGACCUCUUUUUCCAUUAAUUUUUUUUUCUCUUUAACUUUGAAGAAAAAUGUUCGGUAACACUUAACUAUGGGGAACAUAUUCACCAUUAAUUAGUUGCUUAUUAACAUGCAAAUUGGUAACAUAUUGGCUCGUAAUUAGUCAUUAUUAAGUAAUCAUUGAUGCCUUAUUCUGCAUGACCCUAACCCUCUAACCCUAAUACAGUAACUCUAAAUUAAGUCUUUGUUACAUACAAUAUGUUCCCCUUUAGCAUGAGUGUCAAACUCUGGCCCGCGGGCCAAAUCUGUAAUUUAAUUUGGCCCUUGAGGCAAUAUCAAUUCAGCAUUGGAGCUGGCCCGCCGGUGUUAUACAGCGUCGGUGCCGCUGUAACACCGCAUUCACCGCUAAUACUCAUACUUGCCAACCCUCCUAAUUUUCCCGGUAGACUCCCGAAGUUCAGUGCCCCUUCCGAAAAUCUCCCGGGGCAACCAUUCUCCCGAAUUUCUACCGAUUUCCACCUGGACAACUAUAUUGGGGGCGUGCAUUUAAGGCACUGCCUUUAGCGUUCUCUACAACCUGUCGUCACGUCCGCUUUUCCUCCAUACUAACAGCGUGUCACAUAAUAUUUGUGGCUUUUACACACACACACACGCACAAGUGAAUGCAAGGCAUACUUGGUCAACAGCCAUACAGGUCACACUGAGGGUGGCCGUAUAACCAACUUUAACACUGUUACAAAUAUGCGCCACACUGUGAACCCACACUAAACAAGAAUGACAAACACAUUUCGGGUGAACAUUCGCACCGUAACACAACAGAACAAAUACCCAGACCCCCUUGCAGCACUAAAUCUUCCAGGAAACUUCCAACAAACUGACAAAUAUUUAACGUUUUAUUCAUGCAUUUUCUCUUGCUACUUCAAGGCUUGAAUGUUUGGUUCAUUCAUUAUUGUUAUUUUAUUUUCAAAUUUAUUAUUAGCCUGUGGAAAAUGUUUUAUAUUUACCUCAGAAGAUUUUAAAUAGAAAAAAAGGCAUAACAUUUUUAUUUAAAUUUUAUUUGAUAUGCCAUUGAUAUUUUUUAAAUUAUUAUUAUUAUUAUUUGAAACUGGAUUUUGCAUGUCACUAAAGUUGUAUAAGCUUUGCUUGUUCAAUAUUUAAUGCAAAACUUGUUUGGGUGCCUAUUAAAAGGUUAAUUUGUUCAA